UUAUUGUGAUUACAGAGGAAAACUAUCGACUGAGCGCACCCAGGAGCCCAUCUCCAGCACCAACAAGAAAAAAUAUGUAUAUUUAUAACUAUAUGUAAAAAGGAAAAAGUCGCGUCGCACAAAGGUAACGUGAAUACUAUUUAAUCGGACCUCUGAUGCAGCGAUAAGCAGGCUUUUUUUCAACGGAGCCUCGCUAAUUUGACCGCCCUCUGCCAGAUUGUCUUUGUCUCUCUCGAAAAGUCGGUGGAACGGUGUUGUACUGGAAUAUUUGAAGAGUGGCUCAUCAAACGCAACAAACAUGUCAAACACUCCAAGUCUGAACAGUAGUAGUAGCAAUAUCAGUAGCAAGGCGCCCCUUGCCCAGAAGCAGGACACGUACAGUAGCGACAGCAGCGAGGAAGUUCUCGAAACAGCCGAGGAGCGGAGGAGGCGCAUCCUGAAGGAGCGCAGCCGGCUGAACCGUCCGCAGCACAAUAUGUCAGGCGGAGGUGCUGUGCCCAAGCACGACAUAAAAUCCCCUUGCGGAGCAUCUCCCAGCUGCCAGGCAACUGGUUCCGGAAUGGGCCGCCUGCCGCUCCCUCCCGAAAGGAUCACCAUGCUGGUGGACGGUGUGCGCUUCACGGUGGAGCAAUCACUGCUUACAGCACAUCCCACCACAAUGCUUGGCACGAUGUUCGGCUCCGGCUUCCAGUUCGCUCAUACCAACGAGCGCGGCGAGUACGACGUUGCCGACGGCAUUUCGCACUUAGUGUUCAGAGCCAUUCUGGAGUACUACAAAAGCGGUGUUAUCCGCUGCCCGCCCACUGUUUCGGUACCGGAACUAAAAGAAGCCUGUGAUUAUCUGCUCAUUCCCUUCGACGCAACCACGGUGCGCUGCCAGAACCUAAGAGGCCUUCUCCACGAGCUUAGCAACGAAGGAGCGCGACAACAAUUUGAACUCUUUCUUGAGGACCUAAUUCUGCCCCUCAUGGUGGCCUCGGCGCAGCGCGGGGAUCGAGAGUGUCACGUUGUGGUGCUCCUUGAAGACGAUAUGGUCGAGUGGGAUGAAGAGUUUCCGCCUCAGAUGGGCGAGGAGUAUUGUCAGACCGUGCACAGCACUGCCAUGCACCGAUUCUUCAAGUACAUCGAGAACCGCGAUGUGGCCAAACAGGUGAUGAAGGAUCGCGGUCUGAAGAAGAUACGCUGUGGCAUAGAGGGAUACCCCACCCACAAAGAGAAGAUCCGAAGGCGUCCCGGUGGACGGGCUGAAGUCAUCUACAGCUAUGUGCAGCGACCUUUCAUCCACAUGUCCUGGGAGAAGGAGGAAGCAAAGAGUCGCCAUGUUGAUUUCCAAUGUGUAAAAUCCAAGUCUGUAACGAAUCUAGCGGAAGCAAAUGCAGAUCCGCCACUGGAAUUGGACGCAAGUGGAAAUCCGAUUCCCCCUAUAGCAGUGGCUAAUCCGCAUCCCAAUAACGCUGAGCUCGCUGCCGGUAUGGCCGUCGCACCCGCAGCUAUAGGCGUGGCUGGUCCAGCAGUCGUGGUAGCCGUCGACGAGGCGGCCGGGGGCGUUGUAAUGCUCAACGAGUUGGACCAGGCAGCGAUCGCUGUUGCCGUCGGAAUAGUUGAUGAAAAUAUGUAGAUCAACUGACCGGCUGGUAGUCGGAACACACUGCCAGAGCAUCACAGCGCACAGAAAAACACUUUACGUUUUUAAUUAACAUUUUUAUAUGUAUAUGUAAUAAAUGGAAAUUUCGAAUACG